CAUGGCCGCGCACUCCGCACUCCAGUACUCUUCCGCUUGGCCCCAGAAAGUUUCGGUUCUGCCAAGCCUUGGACUCAUAAGCGUGUGCCUCCAUGGAGUCUGACCUGUGUUGACUGGAGCCAGGCAGACGGUACACAAGGAAGGUGGCCUGGACCGUCACCAUGGCUUCCUCUGGCGCGGAGAACCAGCUCCAGAGAAUCAUCCGAGACUUGCAAGAUGCUGUGAAAGAACUAAGCAGAGAAUUUAAGGAAGCCGAGGAACCCAUCACAGAUGACAGCACCAGCUUGCAUAAGUUUUCUUACAAACUUGAGUAUCUCCUUCAAUUUGAUCAGAAGGAGAAGGCCACCCUGCUGGGCACCAAAAAGGACUACUGGGAUUAUUUCUGUGCCUGCUUGGCCAAGGUGAAAGGAGCCAACGAUGGAAUCCGAUUCGUCAAGUCGAUUCCAGAGCUCCGGACGUCUCUGGGAAAAGGAAGAGCAUUUAUUCGCUACUCCUUGGUACACCAGAGGUUGGCAGACACUUUACAGCAGUGCUUCAUGAAUGCCAAAGUGACCAGUGACUGGUACUAUGCAAGAAGCCCUUUUCUGAAGCCCAAACUCAGCUCUGACAUUGUGGGCCAGCUCUAUGAGCUCACUGAUGUCCAGUUUGACCUGGCGUCGAGGGGCUACGACUUGGAUGCUGCCUGGCCAACCUUCGCCAGGAGGACGCUGGCUGCGGGCCCCUCUGCGUACCUGUGGAAGCCCCCCAGCCGGAGCUCCAGCGUGAGCAGUCUGGUGAGCAGCUACCUGCAGACUCAGGAGUUGGCCUCUAGCUUUGACCUGAACAGCCCAUUAAAUAAUGAGGCACUGGAGGGCUUUGAUGAGAUGCGUGUGGAGCUGGACCAGUUGGAGGUGCGGGAGAAGCAUCUGCAGGAGCAGAUGCAGCAGCUGGACAGAGAGAACCAGGAGCUGAGGGCAACUGUCAGGUUGCAGGGCGAGCAGCUGUGCGUGGAGAAGGAGCGGGUCCGUGCUGCCUCCGAGGACAAUGCGCGCCUCGCUUCCAUGAUGACUGAGCUCCAGAAACAGUGGGGGGUUGCACAGAACACGGUGAAGGAGCUGCAGAAGUGUCUGCAGACCCCGGAGCUGGGAGCAGCAGAGAAGGAGGAAGAUUACCAAUCAUCUCUGCAGCGGCUGGAGUCUCUGCUGCAGCCGCUGGCUCGGGAGUUUGAGGUCACAUGGGAUUCACUGGGCAGGAAGACUCAGCAGUUAGCUAGCGUCUCAGAGCAGCUGGGCUCGGCUGAGCAGAAGUCAGCUGCAGCACUGGACACAAAGCAGCAAGACCUCGUUCCCAGUGACUCAGCCCUGGAGGUUCAGGAACUAGGGAACAAGCUUCAAGCCCUAGAAGGACUGAGCACCACGGCAGGGGAGGGCCGUCUGCAGCAGAGUGCCCAGCUGGAGCAGCUGACCAAGGAGCUGCAGCUGAAGGAGGAGGCCCGGGCGAGCCUGGAGUGCCUGGUAAAGGAGAUGGCCCCUCUCCGGGAGGAGCUGGCCGGGAAGGGGCAGGAGGCCGCGCAGCUCCAACAGCAGCUGCAGGAGUCACUGGCGCACUCGCGCUCACUGCAGGAAGAGCUGGCAGAGGUGAGGCGGCAGGAGCAGCAGCAGCAGGAAGAAAAGGAGCUGCUGGAGCAAGAGGCCAGGGCUCUGACACGGCAGCUGCAACUCCUGGAGGCCCAGCUGGCACAGGUGAGCCAGCAUGUGAGUGACCUGGAGGAGCAGAGGAAGCAGCUCAUCCAGGACAAAGACCACCUCAGCCAGAAGGUAGGAACUCUGGAGCGGCUUGCCGGGCAACCAGGCCCAGAUCUGCCCGCAGCAGGUGGGAAGAGUGAGGCACUGGACCCCCUUAACUCCACUCUACAGCAUGCCAGCCAGAAGCCAGAGGAGGAGCAGAGAGCCCUGCAGGAGGGACAGAUGGACGGCACUAAGAUGCAAGGGGGUGACCAAGAGAAGCUCCAGCAAGCCAACAGGGAGCUGGAGGAGGAGCUGCAGAAAGUGACUGGGCGCAACCAGCUCCUGGAGGACAAGCUGCAGGCUCUCCAGGCCGAGUACCAGGCGCUGCAGCAGCGGGAGGCAGCGAUUCGGGGCUCCCUGUCCUCCCUGGAGUCGGAGCAGGCCAGUAUCCGGCACAUGGGUGAGCAGAUGGAGGCAAGCCUCCUGGCUGUGAAGAAGGCCAAGGAGACCAUGAAGGCCCAUGUGGCAGAGAAGGAGGCUGCUCUGCAGAGCAAGGAGGCGGAGUGCCAGCAGCUGCGGGAGCAGGUGGACCAGUGUCGGCAGCUAGCAGAGGCCCGGGGCGGGGAACUCAGGGCACUUGAGAGCCGGUGUCACCAGCAGACCCAGCUGAUUGAGACCCUCACAGCAGAAAAGGGCCAAAAGGGACUCGACCCACCCCAAGACGGCGCCUCCCACGAGCUGGCCACCCAGCUGGCCCUGUCUCAGGCGCAGGUGGAGGUCCACCAGGGGGAGGCUCAGCGACUGCAGGCUAAGGUGCUGGACCUCCAGACCAGACUCCAGGCAGCGCUGGGCAGCCAGGAGAAGGUGCAGAGCCAGCUGAGUGUGACUGAGGCAGCUCUGAGUGACCACAAGGUCCUCGUGCAGCAACUGAAGGAGCAGAAUGAAGCCCUCAACAGGGCCCAUGUCCAGGAGCUGCUGCAGUGCUCGGCACGGGAAGGAGCGCUCCGGGAGGAGAGGGCUGAUGAGGCCCAGCAGCGGGAGGAUGAGCUGCAGGCCCUGCGUGAGGCGCUGUCCCAGGCGAAAUGCAGCUCCCAGGAAGCCCAGGUGGAACACGCGGAGCUGCGGGAGCAGCUCCACCGGGCCAACACAGACACCGCCGAGCUCGGCAUCCAGGUGUGUGCACUGACCGCGGAGAAAGAGCAGCUGGAGGGGACAUUGGCCUGUACGACCCAGGAGCUCCAGGCGACCAAAGAGGCAUCCUCAAGGGAGCGGGAGGUCCUAGAAGGCCAAGUGGCAGGGCUGCAGCGAGAGAAGGAGAGCUUGCAGGAGAAGCUGAAGGUGGCCGAGGAAGUAGCCAGCUCACUGCCUGGCCUGCAGGCCCAGCUAGCCCAGGCCGAGCAGCGGGUCCAGAGCCUCCAGGAGUCUGCACACCAGGACCUUGACACCCUCAAGUUCCAACUGAGCACUGAGAUCAUGAACUACCAGAGCAGACUUAAGACUUCCAGUGAAGAGUGCAGGAGCCUCAGGGACCAGCUUGAGGAACAAGGCCUUCACCUUAGGGCCGCUGAGGAGACUGUGGGGAAGCUGAAGGCUGCCCAGGCGGAUAUGGGAGAGAAGCUGAGCUGCACUAGCAACCACCUCGCGGAGUGCCAGGCCACCAUGCUGAGGAAGGAUGAGGAAGGGGCUGCCCUGCGCACAGACCUGGACAGGACCCAGAAGGAACUUGAGAAAGCCACAGCAAAACUCCAAGAGUAUUAUGAGAGACUCUGCCAGGAGGUAACGAACCGGGAAAAGAAUGACCAGAAGAUGCUCGCUGACCUGGAUGACCUCAACAGAACCAAGAAGUACCUGGAGGAACGGCUUAUAGAGCUGCUCAGGGACAAGGAUGCUCUUUGGCAAAAGUCAGAUGCCCUGGAAUUCCAACAGAAGCUCAGUGCUGAAGAGAGGGGGCUUGGGGACAUGGAGGUGAACCAUUGCCUGGACUGCAAGCGGGAAUUCAGCUGGAUGGUGCGGCGGCACCACUGCAGGAUCUGUGGCCGCUCCUUCUGCUACUACUGCUGCAACAACUACAUCACCACCAAGCCCGGUGGCAAGAAGGAGCGCUGCUGCCGGGCCUGCUUCCGGAAGUCCGGUGGCGACUCUGGCUCCCCUGACAGCGCCAGCGCGGGCACCGGCCAGGGAGAACCCAGCCCUACGCUGUCACCAGCCCACGCUGGAGCCCAAGAUUGUAGGCCUCCAGAUGACGCCAUUUUUGACAUCAUCACAGAUGAGGAAUUAUGCCAGAUACAGGAGUCGGGCUCCUCCUUACCUGAAACACCUACCGAAACAGAUUCUCUUGGUCCGAGUGUGGCUGAACAGGACACCACGUCCAACUCACUGACCCCUGAGGACACAGAGGACGUGCUUGGGGGACAGGAUGCUGAGAUCUGCUUGCUGAAGUCUGGAGAACUGAUGAUAAAGUUACCCCUCACGGUGGACGAGAUUGUCAACUUUGGGGAGGGCAGCAGGGAGCUGUUUGUGAGGUCCAGCACCUACAGCGUCAUCCCCAUCACCGUGGCGGAGGCAGGCCUCACCAUCAGCUGGGUCUUCUCCUCCGACCCCAAGAGCAUCUCCUUCAGCGUGGUCUUCCAGGAGGCAGACGACACCCCGCUGGAUCAGUGUAAGGUCCUCAUUCCCACAACCCGAUGCAAUUCCCACAAGGAGAACAUCCAGGGCCAGCUCAAGGUCCGCACCCCCGGCAUCUACAUGCUCAUCUUCGACAACACCUUUUCCAGGUUUGUCUCCAAGAAAGUAUUUUACCGCUUGACAGUUGACCGGCCUGUGAUCUACGAUGGAAGUGAUUUCCCGUAGCCUCGAGCGCUCAGAUUUCAGUAGUUUCACUUUAUCCAUAGGAAACACUACUCUUCCUCAUUUAUCACAUAAAGCACUUAAGAAAGAAAGAAAAAUUAAGAAAAGGAGCAGCAACAGCAGCUCAGAAGCUGACAGAUGCCCCUCUGGGAGCAGCACCACCGCCCCUCUGCGCUGCACGGCUCCAGGGCGUGUGAACGCUGCACUCACUACACAGCAGCACUCUUAGCCCGUGGCUUUUCAGGGCUCAGGUGACAUUUCGAUGGAUUAGGAGGAACCCAACUGUCCUCACCCCCAAAGGUUUACAGACCGAGGAGACCCUUGGCCUCUCGUGGGGCACACUUGGUUACAGGUCACCUGUGGAGAGCUUUGUAGGCCAGACGUGAAUCCAGCUGCUGCCCGUGAAAAGACAUGCCCUCUUCUGCCCUGCCCCACCCCCUGGGUGCCUGUGAACGCAGUCUGCAUGCCUGAGGCCCUGGUGCUCCCCCAAGAGAGGGCCACAGGGCCGCCGUGAGUCUGGGCACCGCCCCCAAGAUCCUUGCAGCCUCCGCCAUGCCCCAGCCCCACCUGCCCACGGUAGUGGCGGGCUGCUCCCGCUCAGCAGUUUGGGAAGGCCCCUAAGCUGCUCCGGGCCCGUCUGUCGAGGCAGUCCAGUCCUGGCCGUGAGUUGAGCCCUUCACACUCUCUGCAGCUCAGAACAUCACCCUAAAAUCAGAAGUGAAGAUGACCCGGGAGACAGAGCCCACCGAUGGACCAAGGGCCUGCACAGCAGGCUGAACCCCAAGUGCUAGCUGACGUCAGAGCACGGCCAGCAAGCCGGAUCUUGGGGGGUCUUGGGCCUCACUCCUCAGGUGAUGACCUGUCUUCAUUUAUAUAAAUAAGAGCUUCUGCUUCACCUGCUGAUAUGCUGACUAAUUACCAUAUUGUGGAUGAGAACCACUUUGAAAAAUUUUAACAGAAGUCUGGUGACUCGACUAUAAAACAGGCAUAACUCAUGCAUCUGGUCUUGGGGCACUUCUUGGUGCCCCUGGCCCAAUUGUUCUGUUCAUGCUGCUCAACCUGCACCUGACACCAAGAGACAUCUCCCCUUGGGACAGAUGAAGCCUUCCUUUUUGGCGGCCUGAGGGCAGGUGUAGGACGGGGUAUCUGAGAACCCAAGUACAGGGCCCCGCUGCUCCUUCAGCUCGCCUGCGGCCAAGCCAGAGCACCUCAAGACUUGGUGGUGUCAUCCACAAGCCUGGCCUGACUGUUGUUGACAGCUUGAGUCUGGGUCAGAGACCCCCAGGGCACAUCAAGCACUGACGCCGAGCCCAGCACACACCAGCAGAGAGGCAGGGGCCGAAGGAAAUAACCCUGCAGUGGGCUCAGACCUGCCUGAGCAUGAGAUUUAGCUACCUGGUAGUUUAAGUGGGGCAUAGGGAAUGGUGACCAGAACGUUCCAGAUAGAUUAGCCAAGAGAAAAGCCAGACCUCUUUACGUUCUCCUUAGCCACCUCUGCCAGGCAGCCAUCAGCAUCUCUAGCUCCUCCUGCUGGCCGAGGUCCUGAAGUUCUCUACUGUAACCGGAGGCAGUCAGGGGCUCAGAGACUUGGUGGUAGUGCCUGUCUCCCAAAGCCUGUUAAACGGCCUGAAGAUUCUUCCAGAGCAAAUUGUCUGCCCUCCCUCAUGGAAAGGAUCAUCAAAAGUAGAUGGCUGACCACAUGAAGGAAACUAACAAUUUAAAGAACCCAGAGCAAAGCAGCCUGGGGUCAUGUUUCGAGUGGCUAGCUUUCCCAGGAUUCCACGGGGACUCUGGCCAAGCUGAUGGCCUUCUGCUAGCGUCGCCACUCUCGUGAGCAGCCAGAAGCAACAUUGAGUAAGCAGGUGAUGCGCUUCCCGUGAGGGCCUGGCGCAUCCCAUCUGACGCCGCUGCAGCAUGAAGCCCUCUCGGCCCGUGGGAAGCCAACCCGAAGCACCGCUCCCGGAGCGCGGGGCCCGCGGUGGCUUGCACCACCUUGGUUGCUGAUUGCAGUUGUGCACAAAGACCUCUGUUGUAUUCGGGGGGCCACUCGGUGCCCGGUGGCCACAGCUGGUGCUGAGGCUUGUUUGCUCUGUGCUGGACAGACCCCUGUCCUCACACCCUUGCUACGUCGGCACUGGGCUGCUGAGCACCAGGCCGCUAGAGAACACCCAGGCCCGUUUCUCUGUGGCUUGUAUACAUAACUUUAUUCUUAUUUUAAACAGGGCCCCAUCUUUACGGAGUUUGGGGGCUUAGGGGAGACUUUAAAAGUUGUAAACAACCACAGAAAACAGCUAUUGAAAAUGAUAGUACCAACCAGUAGACUGAAUUACACUAGAAAUCAACAGGAAGAAAUAUCCAUGGGAUCUCAGGUUACUAUUUUGAAAAAAAAAAAAAAAAAAAAAAACACCAGCCCCUUGAUCACCCAACUCUAUAUAACAGUCCGUUCCUCUUUGUAUUACUACCAGCCGCCGUGUCCACCACUGCCCCAGGAAUCACUAAUCGGCCUCCCCCAAGAACACAGCUCUGCCGGGCGCACUCGCCCUCGGCAGGGCUUCUGGGGGAAGCGUGACCUCAACAAAGCUCCGCGGACUCGAGCCACCAUCACCCGGUGGCCUGGACCCACAGCAGGCCAAGAACUCCUCUGGCAGGGACCUGGACUGAAACGCCCCACCAGGUUGGAAAGUAGAAGUGAGAAACUGCAGCUCCUGCAGCUGGGGCCAGCUCCUGCUGCAGACAGCCGUCACCCACGGUGAGGCAGCCACCUGGACGCACAGAGGGAGCCCCGCUUCUGCGAUGCUAACACGAUGGUUGGGACUUCCUUUUCUAAACCCCACUUUGGGUUUGGAGCACCCCACCCUUGGCUCAGUGGCGUUGCGCGUCAGCAGAGAGGCCUCCCUGCUGCUGCUCGGAACCCAGCGCCGCCUGCGCAGACCGUGGCUUCGGCCGUGCGUGUUUACAGAACGUCCACGCAAAGGGCACUUGCUUGAGCCCCCGGUCACUUUAUUGUGUCUUCCAAGGAAACAGGAAGGUAGAAUUAAUAACACUUUUCCCCUCCUAAGCACUUUUUAAAAAUAUUUAAGUAUAUCCGUAAAUUUCAGGGGUAUCCCUGAUAAAAGGGGCUUCCAUAGGGUCUGGUGGCAUGUUCUCCAGAGACAGCCCAGCUGCUGUGGCUGCUGAGCGACACCCAAGCCUCCUCUGCGUGGCUGCGACGUCGGAAUUGCACUUUAACUGACUUACCCACAUUUCUUGCGGCCUUAUGGGAUAGCCCAUUUCCUUACAUGCCAAAGAAUUACCCAGCAGCACAUCACGGGCCAGCACCCGCCUGCAAAGUGGGGUUGAGAAAGUUUUGUAUCCCAAAUUAUAUUCCUUUAUGGGUUCUACUGUGCCACUUGGGAAUGUUUUUAACCUUAGGAUUUUAAAUAAAGCAAACACUACGACAUUGA